CUCGAAAAGGAAGUUCAAUGUGCGAACUUCCGGCAGGUGAGAGGAACUCUUCUGCUUGUGGAGGUAUAUUUGGCGGCUUGACAACACUGAAAACAUCACAAAACAGAGGUUUUUGUGGCAAAAAGAUUUUAUUCAGCAUAGGACUUUUCUACCACCAUGCCCAGUGCUGGGGCAGUUUGUCCCCCCUUGAUUACGCCUGUCAGGCGGCAUAUUCCGGGCCUCGCCACAAAUAAAAUAGACACCACCACACUCAUAGAGAUCACCACAGAAACUCCUGAUUGUAAAAUAUAUUUCACUUCUGAUGGAACAAAGCCGUCUCCAUUUCAACGUAAAAUUGGAGGACGCGAGAUCACAUUCAAAUACAAGGCUCCUUUCACACUUAAAGCUGGAAAACGUACAUUGAAGGCAGUAGCUGUUACAAGAGAUGGAAUCCGGGAGAGUGACGUGAUGACAAAGCAGUUUAUGGUGGAGGAGACUGGACAGCUCAGCCACGCCGAGACCACCACGGACUGCUACUCCACCGACGAUUACACAAGCUUCUUUGACACCUCAGACCUCGACACUGACACCACACAGAAAACCUGGACUAGCGCUUCCACUGUCAAAAACAGGAGGAAACCCAAAAAGAGUAAAUCUCCAGUGAGAUCUAAGUCCCCUCUGCGAUCCUCUCUAAGGCGGUCCCCUAAGGAGGCAUGGGCCAGCAGCCAGACCUUUGAUAACUUUGGAGCCGAGGAUGGACGUCACAGUCCCCCACAGCCCCCUGUUCCCGAGGGCCCGUUUAACCCUACCAACUACUCUGGUACCCAGAUAAACGUGUGGGGCGCUCCCCCUGGAUCCUGGCCCGGGAUGAAUGCCAGUAACGGGGCGGUCACAUUUGGCGUCCCGGUGCCUAGCAACCCCUACCCCACACAGACGGGCUUCCUCACAGAAAAUAUGAUCAGUAACUGUAACCCUGAAAAUCGUCACGUGACGGUAGGAGACUUACGUCAGAUGAUGAACAAGCGACCUAAAACUAUCGAGGAACCACCAAAGGAGCCACCGAAGGCCAUCGAGCUUCCCCCUCCCCCUAAAGAUCCGGAAUUAUCUGCCGUCAGUCCCGGAAAUGGGGACUUCAAAGGAAAUAUACAACACAUCUACGCUCAUAUGCUGGAAUUCGCGAAAAAUAACAAGGACUUUCGACUAAGAGUGGCUGAACCCAAAAUUGGAAGAAUGCAUGAAGCCAAGUUUGAAGAUGAGGGAGAUGCAUAUAGAAUUACUCUAGUGAUGGGAAAACCGGGCGUGCCAAGAGGAUCGCUACGCAAACCUCCGAAAGUGGAGACCAAACCGAAGAAACCCCCCACUCCCCCUCCCUCAAACGGAAAGAAAAAGAAGGAAACACCCCCCAAAUCUGACCCCUACUUUGCAAUGGAAACAGAGGAUCUUCCGGUGGAGGGGACAAUGUGCUUGCGAAAAUUAAAUUCUCGCGUACUGAGGGGUGCCAUGAAGGGGCUAGGGACUGAUGAAGACGCUAUAACAAAUAUCCUGGCUUAUCGAUCUAAUCCUCAGAGACAGGAAGUCAGGGUAGCAUUCAAAACCAUGUACGGAAAGGACCUUUUAGAGGAGUUGAAGAGUGAACUGAGUGGACAUUACCUGGACGCCUGUAAGGGUCUGAUGAUGGGCCCGGCUGAAUUUGACGCGUAUCAGCUCCGAAAAGCCAUCAAGGGCCUAGGGACAGAUGAAGACGUGUUGAUAGAGAUUUUGUGUACCAGAUCUAACGCCCAGAUCAAGGAAAUCAUCAAAACUUAUAAAACACUAUUCAAUAAGGACCUGGAGAAAGACAUUAUAGGCGACACGUCGGGACAUCUGAAGCGAUUACUAGUGUCGCUGGUUCAGGCCAAUAGGAGCGACAGUAAGGAAGUGGACCGUAACAAAGCCAAACAAGAUGCUAAAGCACUACUGGACGCCGGCGAGGGGAAAUGGGGCACGGACGAGUCCCGAUUUAACGUCAUUCUGGCCUCCCGCAGCUAUCCCCAGCUCAGGGCCACGUUUGACGAAUAUGAGAAAAUCUCCAAGAAGAACAUGGUAGAGGCGCUGAAGAGUGAAAUGUCAGGAGACCUACUGAGGGGAAUGUUGACUAUUGUGCGAUGUGUGAGGAAUAAGGCUGCUCAUUUCGCGUACCAACUCCAGAAGACGAUGAAGGGUCUCGGGACGGACGACGACACUCUCGUCCGAGUCGUCGUGUCGCGAUGUGAAAUCGACAUGGUCCAGAUCAAGGAGGAAUUCCAAAAAAUGACAGGACAAACAUUGGAGCAGUACAUAGCUGAUGACAUCUCUGGGGAUUAUAGGAACAUUAUUCUGGCCCUCGUGGUGGGAGGACCUCCCCCAAACACUGCCUCCAAAUCUGGUAAGGGUUUUGUGGAGGCCGUCAAAAACAAAACUGAGGAAGAAUUGGAUGAAGAGGUCAGAAUGGAAUCUGAAGAAGUCCAGGAGGAUCCUACAGUAAAACCGGCGGAGAAUUUCAACGCUGAGAGUGACGCAGAGGCUCUCAGGAAGGCCAUGAAAGGCUUCGGAACUGAUGAACAGGCCAUAAUAGACAUACUGGGCUACAGAUCAAACGCACAGAGACUAGAAAUUGUUCAAACUUACAAAACAAUGUUUGGAAAGGACCUAAUCAAGGACUUGGAAGGGGAGUUGAGUGGGGGUCUGAAGGUCCUCUGUCGGGGUCUGUGUAUGAGUCCGGAGAACUUUGAUGCCAUGUGUCUCAACAAAGCCAUCAAGGGCCUGGGAACAGAUGAGCAGGUGCUUGUCGAGGUCAUCUGUACUCGGUCAAACGAACAGAUCAGGAAAUUCAAGGAAGCCUACAAAACUUUGUAUGGUAAGAACUUGGAGGAGCACGUUUCUGGGGAUACCUCGGGUCACUUCAAACGGCUACUGAUAGGAUUACUCCAGGCCAACAGGGACGAAAGCAAAGAGUUUGACAGAAACAAAGCUAAACAGGACGCUCAGGCCAUCUACGAGGCCGGAGAGAAGAAAUGGGGGACUGACGAGUCACGCUUUAACGUCAUUCUGGUCUCCAGGAGCUAUGCUCAGCUGCGUGCGACAUUCCAGGAGUACGCUAAACUGGCCAACAAAGAUAUUGAAGACACGUUAAAGAGUGAAAUGUCAGGGGAUUUACUGAAGGGCAUGCUAGCUGUAGUGCGGUGUAUUCGAGGUAAGGCUUCACACUUUGCCACAGAGUUGUAUAAAUCAAUGAAGGGUCUCGGGACGGAUGACGAUCGUCUGUGUCGAGUCAUUGUAUCCCGCUGUGAAGUAGACAUGGUGCAGAUCAAGGAGGAAUUCCAGAAGCAGUACAAACAAACCCUGGCCAUGUUCCUAGCUGAUGACAUUUCAGGAGAUUAUAAGAACUUAUGCUUUGCUCUGAUUGGUGAAUCGGUGCCAAAACCAGCAAAGAAGGAAAAGAAAGGUUGGUUCUCAUAGCUACUGCCCUACCUCAUCCAUCCAUUCCUAGGUAACACAUGCAGGCCUUGAUCCUGAGAACAAACAACAGAGAAUUCCACAGACAGACAGAUCUUAGGGCUUUCAGUGUUGUUAUCUCUAUAUAGGUUCAUAAUAAUCAAGGGGAGCAUUUAGUUCUAGAUAAUAUUUUUACAAUUAUGAAGAAUUUAACUGUUGUAAAGUUAAGCUUAACUUUAGGUGGUAUAUACAUAUAAGGCUGUGAAUGAUAUUAUUUUUACUUGCUGAUUAUGAAACUUGCUUCACCAAAAAAGAAUUUUUUAAAUGUUUAAUGAGAAUUGAUUUGGAAGGAUCUGAAAUAUACAUUAUUAUUUGUAUUUAAGUUUUAUUGGAAUUCAUAGACAUAUUUAUUGCUUGUAAGUAAUAGAUAGGAUGUAGGGUUGACCUUAUAGAGUAAUAAAGAUAAAACUACAUUCCAUAUAAGAAUACAAUUACUACCCCUUUCUUGUGGAACUCUUCGGUUUUUAAAAAGAAACUUAAGUAAGAUAUAUCCAUGGAUAGAGAAAUAUAGUAUGGUUUUGCAAGUCCUUUGCAAGACUGUUGGUAUGUUAAUAUUAGGGAAUGUAAAAUGCUGAAAUAUAUCAGAAAUACAUAGUCAAUAAUGUACAAGUGGGACGGGUUUUUUUUUAGGGAAAAUUCAUUUUAACUGCCAUGCUGAAUUUUUGUUUUUUUGUUUUUUUUUUGAAUUUAUAGUUGCAGGCAUUUCAAUUAUACAUAUACUAUUUUGAAUGAAUAUUUUCAGCUUUUUUAUUUAAUGUUGUCUUAUCUGUGAUAUUUUAAUGUUUUCCAUAUUAAGUGUUUAAAUAACAUA